AGCGCCAGUUUCGGUUUCGUAUCCUUUCGUGAUCAAACCAUUCAAACAUCAACAUCAAACACUCCACUAUAUAUAAUGUUCUCUCCAUCUCUAUCCACUGUAUAACGUACUAUCGGAAAUCGUAGAAUUUAGAAAUCUCUCUAUCUAAAUUUCUCACUUAAGUUCAGCGGAAUUCAACAAUAAUGGCUAAGGAAGCAGCUAAUGGAAAUCACAACUCUGCAUCAAAACCACCACCGACCCCAUCUCCUUUGAGAUUCUCCAAGUUCUUUCAGUCCAAUAUGAGAAUUUUGGUCACUGGAGGAGCUGGAUUUAUUGGCUCUCACCUGGUGGACAAGUUGAUGGAAAAUGAAAAGAACGAGGUGAUUGUUGUAGAUAACUACUUCACUGGCUCAAAAGACAACCUGAAGAAAUGGAUUGGUCAUCCAAGAUUUGAACUCAUUCGUCAUGAUGUCACUGAACCAUUGCUUAUUGAGGUUGACCAAAUAUACCAUCUUGCUUGCCCUGCUUCUCCAAUCUUCUACAAAUACAAUCCUGUAAAGACCAUAAAGACAAAUGUGAUUGGUACAUUGAACAUGUUGGGUCUUGCCAAGCGUGUUGGGGCAAGGAUUUUGCUUACCUCAACUUCAGAGGUGUACGGAGAUCCACUUGUGCAUCCUCAGGAUGAAAGCUAUUGGGGAAACGUCAAUCCAAUUGGAGUUAGGAGUUGCUAUGAUGAGGGAAAGCGUGUAGCUGAAACUUUGAUGUUUGAUUACCAUAGACAGCAUGGGAUUGAGAUACGAAUUGCCAGAAUUUUCAACACAUAUGGACCGCGCAUGAACAUUGAUGAUGGGCGUGUUGUCAGCAAUUUCAUAGCCCAAGCAAUCCGUAAUGAGCCCUUGACUGUUCAAGCACCAGGAACACAAACCCGGAGUUUCUGUUAUGUGUCUGACAUGGUUGAUGGUCUUAUUCGAUUGAUGGAAGGAGAGAACACUGGGCCUAUCAAUAUUGGGAAUCCAGGUGAAUUUACAAUGCUUGAACUUGCUGAGAAUGUUAAGGAGCUUAUCAAUCCUGAUGUGAAGAUCGCUAUGGUGGAAAACACACCAGAUGAUCCUCGUCAAAGGAAGCCAGACAUUACAAAAGCAAAGGAGCUGCUAGGAUGGGAACCUAAGAUCAAGCUGCGUGAUGGUCUCCCACUUAUGGAGGAUGAUUUCCGACAGAGGCUUGGGGUCCCCAGAAAGAAUUUAAAUGCAUGCUGCUAGAAAAUUUUUACUGGAGCAAAUAGUCGACACCCCAGUCACCUGUUUCUUCCAAUGUCUUACUAUAAUUUACAAUAAAUGGAUUGUUCCCUUAUGAUUUAAAGUAGGCAAUAGUGUAAACAGUAGAACUUGCAUCUAUUGAUUCAACCACUUGGUACAUGAAUUAAUCAUGAGAGAAGCAUUUUUAUAACA